AUGCCCCGCAGGAGCGACCACACCUCCUCGGCUCUACGAGGGACACGAGGGAAGGGCGAUAGACUAAGGAGGCUGGCUGGAUGGGUGGUGUUGCUGUGGCUAGAGUUCCCUCAAGCCCUCCUGCAGCCCCCCCUCUCCCUGCCUGUCCACAUGUCCGUCGUCCCUCCACCCUGGCACUUCCUUCCUCUGUCUCAGGCGGAGCUGGGCCCCCUUUUCUCCAACUCCAGCCCCUUCUCCUUCUCCCAAAGCUUUUUAAUGGUGGCACCGCCUGGCCAGGCCCCCAGACCAGGCCUCCAAGCUUCAUUUGGCCCUUACUCAGUAACACAGCACAUAUCAGAGCCCGUCCUCCCUCUUUCCGCCUUCCUCCUUUCAGAGCAUGUGGAGAGGGUUAGGGAUAAGGGCAGGCAGGAGGGGUUUAGGGUGCGGACACUGUUCCACAGACAGAGCGACACCAGAGCCCGCGGGACCUGCAUCACCCUUCAUGCUUUCAAGGACACAGAGGAGCACAAGGCCACCUGUCUCCCACAGCCUCCUCUAGGGCUGUGCAUGGUGACUCUGACUCUACCCAGUGACUGGUUUGAGGAUCAACACACAAACCAAUCACAUAAGGAUCAGAGAAGAUGGCCCAGUUACAUGCGCCCUCGCCGGCGGGGGCAGCACAGGGAACGGCAGCGGAGGGGAAAUCAUCACCACCGAGGAGCGAGGAACCACAUACAUCUUUACUACUCCUCAUCUGACACAGUGGCUGACCUCAGACUGACACCAGGUCAGGUACCAGGAUGUGUGGAGGACAGAGCGGAGUCCCAGAGGCAGCUCUUCCAUAUCAAAACAGUGACACUAAAGGAGGAAGAGGAAGAGAGAGAGCAGACCAGUACCAAAGAAGAAGAAACCUGUUUGAACGGGAAGGAAGAGGAGGAGCUAAGCUUGGAUCCCCAUGUCAUGAUACGCUAUCACAGGGGGCCGGUCCUGAUAGGACAGCCAAUCAGAGUGUCUGUGAAUCUGAGAACCAAUUUCAGUGCUGAGUUUGCUGUCAUAAGGCUAAAGAUAAAGAAGGGCUUGGUGUCAAUGGUGGCCCAGAGAACUCUGACCUCUGACCUGUUGGCAGUGACCCUGGAGAGGAGCAGAGACUCCAAACAUGACAUUGUGUCCAUCUUCUGCCACAAACACAGCACAGUCAAGCACACACACGAUCCCACCUUACUCCAACAGGUGGUGUGUCUGUCAGUUGAGGGCUUGAGACAGAGUUUCGGUGUUGCCAUGACGGUGUCUGCUCACUGGUGGGUGGAGUACUCCAGACGCAUACAUUCCCUAUCGCCACAUGGGGCAGCAGUGAGCAUCUUCUCAUUUGCUGAUCGACACAUCUUUAGCAUCGCUCCCAUCACAGAGAGUAACACAAUCAUCAACACAGCCAUACUGACCAACCAGCCGGUGUCACUUCCUGUCAUUGUGCUGGCCAUAAACCUUGAUGGGAAGGUGUCAGAUGUCACCUCUGCAGUCACAUGCCACUCUACCAACGAGAACACUGUCAAGGUUUCCAGCGAUUGCUCCACCCUCUUUGUGGAUGGCAGCGAAUCAGGGUUGGGUGACACCUGUGCAGAGGUGGAGUUUCUACUGGGUGCACUCCGUGGCUCUUUGUGUUUGGAGGUGUGGGCCCCUUCAGUGCCCCUUCGGGUGUCUUUGGCCGAUUCCAUUCUCAAUGUCAUUGAUGGCUGGAACCACUUCACAGAAGAAGGGUGUGUGCCAGUGUAUCAACGCUCUUCAGUCCGGGUUCUGACUCGGUUCACAGCUCAGGAUUCUCUUGGCAGAACCACAUACCUCCUUGGCUCAUCUGAUUGGUUCGUGGAUGUUACAGAGCUGGUCCGCAAUUGGCUAAGAGUAGAGGACCCUCGAGUAGCUUCCCUUGACAGCAACAACAACUUGAUUGGUUUACGACCAGGAAAGACAUCACUCCAUGUCAUCUCUGAGCAGUGGGAUGGCAUGCUGGGCGGAUGUGACAUCACUGUGACCUCUGAGCCGGUUACCCCCGGGGACCUGUCUGUGCAGGUGGUCAGUGGCAUUGGCAUGUCAGUCGCAGAUAGCCCCACCCACCCUUCCAUUGUCACAACAACAGUAACAGCCUUCAACAUCCUAUACGACCAUCACCAGGAGGCUUCCAUCAGCGUCUGGCUCCAGUUCAGUGACGACACUGCCUCCCUCCUCUCUUCCUUUUGGGACCUUCCCUUUUUCCUGCAUCUCUCCUCAUUGGCUGAGACUGUGGUUGUGGUGACACCCAUUCCCAGCCAACGCAUCUUUGCCAAGGGUGAUGGAGGCGGGCCUUUACUGCGUGCAGAACUUUUGGUCUCUACCUGCACUGACCAACCAAUCACCUCCAACUCUAUCAGUGAAGGGGAAAGGGAUUGGAUGGACAGCGGAAGAGGGGGAACCAGGAGGCUGGCUGGAGGAUCGGGUUGGAUAAGAGUCAACCUAGACCACGGCUUCUUACUGCCAGAUGGGGACAGGGAUGAGGAAGGCGAUAAGUUCAGGCUUCACAUUACAGACACGCUGGUUGAGUCGGACAGCGACAUCUAUGCAGCAAACUUUGACGGGGACGAAAGUGAAAAUGUUAGCAGUGACUACUUUAACAAGAUCAAUGUUAAGAGACCUGAUAAAAACUGGAAUGAUGUGUGGAACAGAGGAAUGGUCAGUCAGAAUAAUCUGGAAAGAGCUGUGCUCAUGCCAAGCCUGGAGGAGGGUGUUGUGUACUUCUCCCCUAGUCAGGAGAAAGAAGAAGAGGGAGAGGAAGGGCAGGGAGAGGGAGAGGAAGGGCAGGGAGGGGGAGAGCUGAAGCUGGGUGUGGGGGCUGUCCUCUCUCUGCUCUGUCUCUCUGCUGUCCUGUUCCUGGCUAACUGUCUGCCCUGCGCCCUGCAGGACAGAAGGAGCCCACUGAUGGGGGAGAACAGGGAAGCAGGACUAGAGCGAGCCGCAGAGAAAGAAGAGGAACAGGAGAGAGAAAAGAUGGAAGUAGAGAAAAGCAAAAAAGAUGAGAGAAAUAAGACAGAAGGUGAAGAUAGGAUAAAGCAACAUGAUAUGAACAAUAAAGAGGAUAUUAAAGAAGUAGAGAUCAUUUGCUGA